AUGGCUGCACAAUUGCUGAGGGCGUGUUACAUCGUUCAUGGCACCAACUUCCAAGUGUCGAAGAGGUACACAGUCCUCGAGCAGGUGGGCCAGGGUGCCUACGGCAUCGUCUGCGCUGCGCAGGACGAGGAGACCCAGGAGUCGGUCGCCGUGAAGAAGAUUGAGAAUGCGCCGCUUGGCGAAUGCGAAGCGGCGGCCCAGUGUCCAGGGAUCACUUCUCGAGAAGUCUCGUUUGUCCAAGUCACAAAGCGAACUCUCCGCGAGCUGCGGAUUCUCCGGCACCUGCAGCACGAGAAUUUGAUCGAUGUGAGGAACAUAUUCCUGGCUGGAUCAAAGGAUGACUUCGAGGACAUCUACGUUAUCUCAGAGCUCAUGGAAACCGACUUGGCAUCGAUACUGAAGUCGACACAGCCACUGACCGACGAUCACUGCCAGUUCUUCCUCUACCAGAUCCUGCGUGGAAUGAAGUAUGUUCAUUCUGCACAGGUCAUUCACAGAGAUCUCAAGCCGCGAAACUUGCUGGUCAACGGCAAUUGCGACCUGAAGAUCUGUGACUUCGGCCUGGCAAGGGUGAGUUUCUCGAAGGAGUUUCAGACCUGUCCGAUGACAGAAUACGUUUGUACACGUUGGUAUCGGGCUCCAGAGGUCUUAUGUUCCUGGGUGGACUACACCACAGCAAUUGACAUCUGGUCAAUUGGCUGCAUCUUUGCCGAGAUGCUGGAACGCAAGCCUCUUUUCCCGGGGCACAACACGCAGCACCAGCUGCAGUCCAUCAUCUCCUUCCUUGGGAAGCCCAGUGCUGAGGAGCUCAACAAGAUCAAGAACGAGAAGUGCAGGCGCUUCAUUGAGUCGUUACCGGCCACAACCGCGCAGAGCUUGCAGGAGGUAUUCCCGAACGCCAACCCCAGUGCCAUGGAGUUCCUCAGUGCGACCCUGCGCUUCGACCCAGAGCAGCGGGUGGCCGUCACCGAGGCACUUACGCUAUCUUACGUCUCGCAGCUGUACUGCCCGGAGGACGAGCCCGUUCGAGGGCCCCUCGACACCUCGGACUUCGAGUUCGAGCGACGAAAGAUAAACAUCAAGGCACUCCGCGAGGAGCUGUGGCUUGAAGUUCUGCGCCUCACUGGUCAGCUCCACCACAACUUCUCUCCUUCCCUCACCCCGCCGCGCCUGGUCGCCUCGCCAAGCGGGAGCGCUACCUGGAUCAGCAACUGCAGAUGGGAGAAGAGUACAACGUUUCCUCCUAUCGGCUGCUUGCUCCUGGCGAGCCCCAAUACUCUUCAGACGAGGAGGAGGAGCAAGCACCUCAAUAGCCUGGUGUUUCAAGGACGCUGUGUUUGGCGUUACGAGGAGGUCUGUCGGCAGACGUGGGAGCAGGUCGACACGAAAUGCCCUCAGUUGAGCGUUUCACCAGACCACUGCGGCUCGGCCCGGCAUUCAAAGCGGCAUUUGGUUGACGGCGUGAAAUUGAAGCAGUUCUUGGAGUACACACUCAGAUUGCUGGGAGCCUUCCGUGUGCCACAAGCGAAGCAUGGUGGGGCCGCAGCUUCCGCAGGGACUUCCGACAUGCAGGAGACGGCGACUGCAGUGAGCCUCGUCACUCUUCUGGAGAGCGGAGAUCACACCUCUCGUGCACCAUCGCAGCUGUCCGAUAUCUACCUGUCAUACCUCUGGCCGCCAUGGCCCGAGCAGCGGAUGGAUCACAACCAGGCCUUCGACUGGGAAGAGCUCGAGAAAGUCGAGGAGGCGCAUCUCUGCGAGGAGGCGACGGCGACUCGAGACUCGGCUCUUCGCAGCGGCCUGCGGCUGGCGCGGCCAAACUGGAGCCAAAGCGAGCUUCUGGCCGCAGAGCGCAAGCUGGCUGGGGUGGGCAUCCGAAGUGCCAAAGACUUGGGGGCUGCCCUGGAAGAGGCAUCACUGGAAGUCCCACGGAUAAACCAUUUGCUUCAGCGAGCCGGAUUUCGAGCGUUCAGCGCUGAUGCCGUCGCUGCUUUGAGACAAGUGUUUCUUGCUUCGUCUUCAGCAACAUCGGUUGGCACAGAGGAUGUAAAGCCAGCACUGCAUGCGCCCACAGCGCCCGAUGGAGGCAGUUCUGAGGACGAGGCUGGCUUCGACGAGGCGCCGCAAGGGGAUCUCAGCGAUUGGGCCGUCGUCCACGAUCGCGUGGCGGUGCGAGCUGCUCCGAGCACUCAGGCCGAGGCCCACCGCAACGCAGGGGAUGCCAUCGACGGGCUCCAGUGGGUAUCUGCCGACCAUUGGUGGAGAAGCAUAGAACAGGAGAAGAGAGGUUGGCAGGCUGCCAAGUCCCUGCUCUGUGGUGUACGAGCUUUGGGCGUGCUAGUUCGUGGCCGCUUGGUUCGAGGUUGUCGUCGCGACAUUGCUGGCGAAUCGUGGAUUUCUGUGCGCCUAAACGACGCCGUCGGUGGGUCAAUGGCCGAGCAUGCUCCGCGAGAGUGGCGCAUCUUGGUUCACGAGGUAGCGCUGUGCCGGAGCCAGGAUGACAGCACCAAAUUCAAGGACAUUCCUCAAAGAGCUGGGCCGCUGAUCGGCUGGCAACAGGGCAGCUGGAUGCGCCUGGGUCACAAGUCUGGUUAUGUGCGCAUCGACCGUGGAGGUGUCGCAGAGCUUCAAGAAAUGCCAGAGAGGAUGGCUUGGCUUCUCACAUCCGGCGACUCAGUGGGGCUUGGUACCCUCCUGGCUCCCUUGGAUGCUGCUGCAGACGUGGAGCAGGGGACGCAGAUCCGUCGUGUUCCCGGCCGUGGACUCUCCCUCUUCGCUACGAAAGACUUCGACCAGGGAGUGGCUGUGCUCGAGGACCGGCCUUUUUUCAGGCGCCCAAGCUUUGGGCAGCUCAAGAAGUACCAUAAACUGUUCUCGAAGACCUUCCAGAAGCAAUAUGAGAAGAUCAAAGCGCCCUUGAUGCUUCCGGGCAACUCUGGAACGCUUCAGAGCUUUGUCUUCGCCUCCCCUUCCAUGCUGCGCAGCGCUGUGGCAUUUGCAUCCUCGAGCCGUCUCGUCCAGCAGAUGAUCCUGGAGUUGCACCACCCGAGACUCGACCUCGCGCACCCCAUCGUGUCAAUUGCUGGGGAAGUGGCAGCCUUGUGCGCCCGCACUGUGCCAGAAUGUGCGGAGGUCGAAGCGGUGCUCCAGAGAGCGAUCCUAGCCAUCGAGAUGAAUAUUUUCACAGGCGAGAGCUGCUUCCUCACCAUCAGCCGGCUGAACCACAGUUGCUUUCCGAACGUCGUAUUCGUCAGUGGCAAAAGGCAUUUCCGGUCACUGAAGCCAAUUCAGGCCGGACAAGAGCUUCUUCACAGCUAUCUGGGCCGUGAGCUUCUCCUUCCCAUUGAGCUUCGUCGUCGCCAUCUCUGGCGGUCAAAAUGCUUUCAGUGCGACUGUGAGCGCUGUGCUGCGGAGGAUGAUCCACUUCGCGCAAUUGCCUGCAAACGCUGCGCAGAGCAGGGGCAGCGAUGGGAGGUUCUGCACUCGCCAGGGGUUUGGCUCCGAAGCUCCCCCAGCACCGACUCUCUUCAGAGAUGCUUUCUGAAGACGGGCACGCGGUUGAAGGCGCUUCCGCAGUCGGAGGAGGGGCCAUCUGGCUGGAUCCUUGUGGAGGCGUGGCCAGAACCGGCCUCCGAAGAUAUCAAGGACACCGGCUGGGUUCUCACCGACGGCCGGAACCUGGCACCUUCGAUCAACCGCAUGCUGUGCGUGCAGAUCUCCGAGGAUGGGCGGCAGGCCAGUGAUGGUUUCGACGGAGCGGCAGUCGCAUGGAGUCCUGGGAGGGCUUUCUGGGACCUGGCGUCUCUCAUGCUGCUGCCCGCAGACGAGCAGAAUCCGGUGUCUCCGGAAGAGGAAGAGGAGGAGGAUGCAGUGGCCCGCAACGCUCUCGACGGGAUGCCGCGAGGGCUGGAGCUUCCUACGGCAGCCUUCGAAAGCUCAGAUGUGCCGUUGGCCGCUUUCGACGGCAAGAGCUGGAGAUGCCCGAAGUGUGGACGGCCGCCGAAGAACGAGGAGGAGUUACAGUCUGUGGAGCCGCUGCUGGGAAGGCUCGCAGAGAAGACGUUCUUUUCUCCAUCUAUGACUCCGGCACUCGGUUCCGUGCAGGGUGGACUGCGAGGGUCGGGGCAGACCCUAAAGAUGGUGAAGCGCAGCUUUGUGCGCCGUGCACUGGAGCUAGCGGCCACAGUGUCAUUGGUGCUCGGUCCGCAGCACUGGACUGUACACUGGGCUCGGCUGCUGGUGGUCGACCUGUACAUCUCAAAAAUGAGCUACGCCCCGCUGGGUUCCCGGCGGGUUGAAAUGGCUGCUGCACUCUUCUCUGGCCUGGAGGAGCUCUGGGAAUGGCUUGCUUCCCUGCGGCUCGCACACAACCCGAGCUGCUUCCUGGUUACGCGGAUCCUCGAAGCGCUGCGAUUGGCAGGGGCUGGCUCGGCUGUUCUCCUUCCUCCAGAGAUCCAGACCAAAGCAAGGAGGUUACAAAGCCUCGUGGACAACUGCGAGAAGCAGGUUGACAUUCUCCCCCUACGGCCAUUGAUUAUCGAUGGCAGUAUCUCCUUCCAGUGA